AUGGAUGAUGGCAACGAGGCCGUAGCAAGGAUUCCGUGCCCAAAUGCCGGCCCACCAUCAAUGACCACGGCUUCGGAAGUUGCCACUUUGAAGUUUCUGCGGUCAAGGACGUCUAUUCGGGUUCCGGAGGUUAUCGCCUGGAGCUCUGACGCUGCUAAUUCGGUUGGUGCCGAAUUCAUAAUCAUGGAAAGGAUUAGGGGUAUCGCCUUGUCAGAGACUUGGGAGGCAAUGGACACGUUGGAGCGCUACAAAAUUAUCGAUCAAGUUGUGCAAGUUGAGAAGGAGCUUGCCAAUAUCUCAUUUCCAGCAUACGGAAGUCUUUUUCUCCGUGACUCGUUACCUGCUACGUGUCGACAGUAUCCACUCCCUCCGGAGCUUGAUCCUGAAGAGCUAUUUUGUAUCGGGCCGUCUUGUAAACGAACAUGGUGGCACGGCAAUUGCGUUGAUAAAUUCCAAUCAGUAUCAAAAGAUAUUGGCCCGUGGAUGCACUUUCCAGAAUAUGCGUCGUCGAUUGUCCAGCGCGAGCUUGCUCAUAUUGCAAGUUUGGAGACCGAGGUGCAACGUCAACUACAUCAUUUUGACGAAUCACAGUCGAUCGAUGAAUAUCGAAGCCUUCUGGAGAAAUUGAACAUGGUACUACCGAUCUUGUCUCAAGAACCACGCGUGACAGGUGCCUCAGACCCUGUCUUAUGGCACACAGACUUACAUCUAGGAAAUAUCUUUGUUUCUCCUAAUGAGCCCAGUGUCAUUGAAGGGAUUAUCGAUUGGCAGUUGUCUCAGAUCUGUCCUUUGUUCAUACAAGCUCGAUUCCCCGAGUUUCUUAGACCACCAAAGGACUACAUGUUUGGUCCCGUCUUACCCAGCUUACCAGAUGGUUUCGACGGCCUUAGUCCCGAGCAAAGGGAACAGGCUAUGAACAACAAGAAGUUGGCUUCGAUGUCGAAAUAUUACGAGAUGUCCAGCUUUGUACACAACCAGGGUGCUUACAAUGCUAUGAAACUUGACUCCAGGUUAUGGCAGCCCUUCACCUACUGCCAGCUAUUCUCCCACGGUAGCUUGGUGCCCCUGCGCCAUUGCUUGAUUCGCCUGUUCCAGGACUGGUCUUCACUGGAGCUCCCAGGCAACUGUCCCUUCCGGAUAUCAGAUAACGAACGUCGCAGGCACGGUGAACAAAAAUCGCAAUAUGAGGAUAGGCUUUAUCUGUGUGGUAUCGUGAAGAACCAUCUUCUCACCGAUGAUACCGGCUGGGUUCCAAAUGACCGCUGGGAAGCGACCGAAAAGGCAAACAGGGAGCUGUACGACUUGUAUAUUGAAACCAUGAGCGAGGAGAUCACGCCCCAAGCAGCUGCGAAGAAUUGGCCUUUUCCACCACCCACAGCUUGUUAG